AGUUCUCUGAGUACAGCAGAAGCAGUGGCCACAACAGCAGUAGUGUGUGUAGUGUGUAGCUUCACUGCUGGACUGCUACUUGGUGUCAUGGUCACUGUCAUAGGAAGGGCAAGAGAGGCCAGACUGAGAUACCUCCUGUUUAUGAGGACAUUCCCUUGGAGAAGACACCUCCCAUUGAACUCAAUACCAAUCAAGCUUAUGGACAUAUCUCAAGAUGAUUGUCAUGUCAAUACUGACUUCACCUUUCACAACAUAAAACUCUGCUGUUUACAUAACAAGAAAUUGUUACUGUAGUUUGCUACAAAAACAUUGUCAUGUUAUCCUAGAGUAACAUGCAUAGCUAACUCUCUCACCAACAUACCAUCCUCUAUAGAGUUCAUGAGCUCGACAAAAAUCGAGGUCAUAAUUAGCUAUGUUGAACAUAAAGCGCAUCCUGAUGUGGCUGUGCACAUGGGCUGCAAUUGUUUUCCCUGGAGGUGUCCAAGGUUUCUCCCUGUCUUCCUCUCCAUCAUCUGAGGAUGGUAUCAUAUCAGUCUGUCCUGCCACCACUGUCACCCUCACCUGUACUGCCAGUGGAGUUGGCUCCAUGACAUGGAGAGACCGCAGAGAGAUCCAUGCAUUCCUCGUUAUGGAUUAUGACAAUGAAGAGACAAGAGUGGUUCACGAAGGUCCAUACACUCUCAACCUUACAACUAUUGAUAACAGAAUAGACCCACUUGUUGACUUCACCUCAACACUGACGGUGAUGGUUGAUGACAUUGUCAGUGGAACAAACAUAUCUUGUCUGGUUUUCAUGAAACGAGACCAUCUAGUCAUCAAUAAAAGAAGUCCUCCUUCUUCUCCAAACAACAUGACAGUGAAAACUGACAGUUAUCAAACUGACAACUUCUCCAUCAUCAUCUCCUGGGAGUCAGGGGAAGAUGAAGUGGUUGAUGAGUACAGAAUACUGACCAACACUACUACACAGUCCAUCACCACUACCAAUACAACUGUAGUUCUAGAUGGAGUGUACAACAUUCCUCUGGAAAUCAGAGUCUCAGCCAUCAACUGUGCAGGCACUAGUGCA